AUGGGAAACUCACCUGCCUCAUCCUUUAUGGGCAGUUUCCUGAGCAGCAGCUUGGGCUCAGCAGCACCCCCGCACCCCACAGGUCCUGCAUCAUCCCCAUCAGAGCCGGCCUUCCGUGGCCCCCACUCCGGCACCUCCCAGAUCUGGUUCUCGCAUUCCCAUGAAGCUCCAGGUUACCCGAGGUUCUCUGGGAGCUUAGCAUCCACUUUUCUUCCUAUGAGCCACUUGGAUCACCAUGGAAACAGCAAUGUCCUGUAUGGCCAGCACCGUUUCUAUGAAAGCCAGAAAGACAAUUUCUAUCUGCGGAACCUGCCCGCUCAGCCCACCCUGCUGUCAGCCAAUCACAACUUCCCCAGCAUUGCCCGGGCAGCACCUGGCCACCCUAUUGGCUCCUGUAGCCGGGACCGAGAGGCUGGCUCUGGACAAAAGUGCCACAAGGACUACGAGCGCUUUGUGCUGUCAAAAGACAAAGGGUCCAAGGGAGAGGCCAAGGAACGACCAGCUGACGAAGAGGCCAAGGAGCGGCACAAGUUGGUGAUGCCUUUGACACCUGAGGGGAACUGCAAGGACGGGCCUCCCCAGCGGGGCUCUUGUGACAGCCGGCCCAAACACCUGCCCUCGUGCCUGCUGAGCUCCAAGGUGCUGAAUGGUGACACGGGAAAAGCUGUGCUCCCCAGCUGUGGUGGUGGCAUCUUGCCGCGCCACACUGGCAUCCAAAGCCGUUGUACCAAGGAACUCAGCCACCAUGAGCCUCCCCAGUCCUACAGUGAGUGCCUGGAGCGGCGGCAGAUGCUGCACCACUCAGUCUCCUACACCGUCCCUUCUAGUCUGCCCACUGGGCCCCCAGCCCUGAGCACAACAACUGGCAGCUUCCCCUGCCUGCAGCUUCAUUCCAGUCCAGAUGGGAUGUGCCCUCUGCAGGACAAGGCCAGCCGGGAAUUACGGAUCAGUGGGGCCACUUUUGUGCCUUCUGUAGGCCACCUGACUGAUAAGAGCCGCUCCUUCCAGGUGCCGUCUGAGCCCUGCGAGGGCAAGGAGCGCCCCCACGAUGUGGGCCCGGAGCACCCAUCCACAUAUGGAAACCACCCUUUCUCUCACCUCAAAGCGGAGGGCAAAGCCGAGCGGCGGCUGGAGUGGCCACAGAAUUCCAAUGCCCGCCUCAAAGGCCUGGAGUACCUGAACAAUACGGGGCCUGAUGGCCAUUUUGGUAGCUUGCCCCACCAACCUAAGAGUGGGCACUUUGAGAUGGCACCACCUCAGGAUUGUGCUCGGCCCAGCCCUCAGGAGACGUUAUGUAAACUCAGCCAGUCCUGCUGCACUUUAGACAAGGCCCCCAAGGAGCCGCCAACACCCGGCACCCAGAAAGUGGCUCGAAUCCGCCACCAGCAGCAUUUGCAGCCAGAGAUGGAGCAGGUGGGCAGCCACGCAGAGGCCAAGCGCAAAUCGGUGGAGCUGAGCUCUCUGGGCUACAAUGGACCACACUUGCCACCAUGGCCGGUUCAGGGCCAGGGUCCUCCCUUGUCCAUGGGAGAGGAAAGGAAAAAUUCCUACUUGGACCCUUUCAGCAGCAGCCUUCAACAGGCCGCCCUCAUGUCUCAGGGUUCGGUGCUGACCCAAGAAAUGCAGACUCCCCCAGAUGAAGUGUCAGCCAUGAAAAACCUGCUGAAAUACAGCAACCAAGCACUUAUUGUGAGCCAGAAGGCUCCCUUUGUGGGCCUGGGCAGUCUCAAGGGCAGCUGUGCCCAUCAGGACGGGGGCAAGUUCCUGGGGGCCAAAGGACAGCAGGAGCUGGAACGUCCAGACUGUGCCCGUAGCAGGGACCAUGAGCUGGGCCAUGGUGAUGGUGAAGUGCGUCAGCCUCCUGUGGGCAUUGCUGUGGCUGUGGCACGUCAGAAGGAUACGCUGAAUCGGCCUGAGCCAGCCUAUGGAUCUAGUUCCAGUCGCCAAGGCCGGGCCGCCAUGGGCCUCAAAGCUGGUGCAGCACGGCCCGUGCACGUCAUCGACCUGGAUCCUGAGGAGGAACGGAGCCGGUUGUGUGAGGAACGUCUAGGGAUUGCAGGGAGAGACCUCCUGCUCCAGGAUAACAAGGACCUAGUGGAGUUUGCUCGGAUUCACCCAUCAAGCAGCUGUCCUGGAGAUCUGACCCCCCACCUGAUGAUUGCAGGCAGUUCAUCGCUGCAGGCCAGCCAGUUGGGAGGAGACCCAACUGCCCACACCCAUCCAGCUCAUACCCAUUGGUUGCCCCGGACACGCAGCCCUUCGCUUUGGAUGGGUGGACACUCAUACGGCAUCGGGCAUCCAGCUCUACAUCAGAACUUACCACCUGGCUUCCCAGCCUCUAUGCCCAGUGCCAUGCAACCAGUCUUCCCCCUGUCACAAGAGCCGCCUGCCCAGCUGGUCAUCCUGCCAUCUGAGCCUCCAGCUCACGGUGCCCCACACACACUGGCUGAGGUGAUGGAUCAGGCAUCUAUUUGGCCACCCAUGUAUCCUAGCCGGGGGCCUGGCUCUCACCUGCAGCACACAGGUCAGCUCCCGGUCUACUCCCGCUCCCAGUUCCUGCGUCAGCAAGAACUCUAUGCCCUGCAGCAGCAACAGCAGCAGCAACAGCGUGCAGCACAGGCGAUGGAAGUGCAGCGGCACACACACAGCCAGCGGAAGCCUGAGGAGCCGCCCCCUGAGCUGGAGAUGCCAGGCCCCGAGAAGCCACUCAAACCAUCCCACAAAGCUGUUGCCUUAAACGCUCCCCCAAAGGGCCUGUCCCCAGCCGCUGCCUGCUCAGCCAAGCUUUCCCCAUGCUGCCACCCACCCAAAUGCCCUGCCCCCUGCACUUUACCUGUCUGUCCUGCUGUGGUGCCGCGCUCGCCAGCUGUAAGUCCAGUGCCCUCACAGAGCUCAACCGGUCCCGAAGCUGAGGGCAAACAGCCUGAAGGGCAGCCAGCCCAGGACUAUCCCAAAUCGCUGGAACCAGACCUUCCCCCUGGUUAUUCCUAUCCUGUGGCUGGACUGGGCUAUGCAUCACCGUUACCACUGGACCCAGCUGAUCCUGACACUAUGCAAACUGUUUCCACGGCAGCUGAGCCAGAACAGUCACGCACUUUCCCACCAGAGCAGGAGCCAGGCUGUGAGACAGAACCUAGCCAGUCCCAUGGGGCUGUGGACACCGAAGCGGCAGAACCUUCCCAUCCUCACCCUCCCCAUCUCCUUGUGCAUCCCCAGAAGCCAAGCUCUGCGGAACUUAACAAGGAGAUGCCAUGUUGCCCCCUGCUGGUCGGGGACAGCCCAGACAACUUGGACUCUGCUCCACAAGAACAUCAGGAAGAGGCCAGGCCAGAGGUGGCCAUUCCAGGGUCUUCCCCAGAGGUCAUGGCUGUGGAGGACAGCCCACCUGCAACACUGGAAGAUGGCUUCCCGGAGGAUGAGAGUGACAUUGGCUCGCCAGAUGUCCCAUCAAUGCAUACCGAUGUACCAUGUGGCCUGGAUGCUCUCAUUGCUGCCAGCAUUGAUCUAGGCGAGCUCCCACCUUUGGAGCCUCCAGCCCCUGCAACCCCCCUUCCCUUGCCUUCCUUGGGCAGUUCAGGGAUUCCUGGCAUUGCCCUGCUCAGUGAGCUGGCUGAACUGGAACUCCGGCAGCAGCACUGUGACACUGCCACCCACGUGUUGGAUGAAGAUCUAGCGGCAUUCAAUCUGCAAAGCCUAGCCACUCUUGCUGCAGCCUGGGCCCUUGUUGAGGCUACUGGCCAGGAGGGCAGCCUUCCUGAUCUCCGCAACCUGGCAGAUGCUGCACCAUGCAUUAACCUGCGCCCUCGCAUGCGGGUGUCCCGCCGCAAAUACAUCUGGACCCCAAAGACCAAACCAGUUUGCCCUCUGAAAGCAGCCAUUGAGAACUUGGACACCCAAGAGGUAGAGAUGCGUACACAGCUGGCAGAACUGCAGCGACGCUACAAGGAGAAACAACGGGAACUGGCCAAGCUGCAGAGGCGGCAUGAUCAUGAGCGAGAUGAGAGUUCCCGCAGUCCAGCUCGACGGGGACCAGGACGACCGAGAAAACGCAAGCACUCCAGCACUCUCAGCUCACUGCGGCAGGGUUCGGUUAGCAAGAGUGACAGCAGGAAGGUCAAGUCAGUAAAGGCCAGCUUAUCUCUGCUGUGUGCAGAACUACGGGCUGAGGGAGAACCCAAGAAGAAAAAAAGGAAAAUAUCAGAGACAGUUUAUGGUGGCAUUAAGAGCUCCCAGGAGAAGGUGCGUUGCAAGAAGAGCAGUUCCCAAAGCAAACUGGCUUCCAGUGUGGUACACAAAGUCUCCCAUCUGAAGCAGAAAGUCAAGAGCAAAGGCUUGCCCACAAGCAUUGGCCCAUUCCGUCGGAAAGAACCUAGCCCUGGCACCCGGAUCCCAAAGAAACUUUCUCGGCCCAAGAGCUCCAAAGCAACACCUUCUGCAAAAUACCCACAGCAGGACCUGGAUAUCUUGGAGGACAAACCGAUCACAGGGAAUGCUGAUGCAGAUGACAAUCGCCACGGAGACUAUGAGAGUGAUGAUGAUGGUGGUGGUGGUGAUGACUUGACCAGCGACACUAGCUCCACCCUUCAUGUGAGAGUAAACCCUUCUGUGAUUGGCCCCUCUCCCUCCUCAGUUGUGAAAAUGGAAGCCAAUCAGAAAGCAAAGAAGAAAAAGGAGAGACAGGGGUUACUAGGGCCCUGCAGAAUCCCCAGUCCUGAAGGUCAAGUCAAAAUCAAGCGUCGUCCUGUGAAGCCUGGUGUGGGGAGGUUAGAGAAGGUGCCGGUGUGCCGAGCAGGAUCUUGUGAGGGUUCCAACAAGAAGAAGCUGAAGGCCAAAGUCAAAGAGCUGCACUGUGGGCCUGGGGCAUCAACAACCAGCGGGGGGCUCUUCUCUGCCAGCCAGGCGAGGUCAUUCACAGCCCGGGAUGAUGCAGGAAAGCUUAGCAACGAACGCCUUAAGAAAGCCACCCGCAAGAGCAAAGUGCUGCAGUCAGCCCUCAGGAGAAAGAACGGGGCAUUGGCACUCUCACCUCGCAAUGCAAAGGCCAUUUUGAGCAAGGGCAAGAAGCUGGCAAAAGUCAAGAGCAAAGUGGUCAGCAAGCAGUGCAAAGGCCGGGCUGUCAGCCGGCUGAUGGAGAGCUUUGCCAUGGAGGAUCACUUUGAGUUUGAUGAUAACAGCAGCUUCUCUGAAGAGGAGGAAGUGCCACCCAUUGGUACAGAGCAAGACGUGACCGUGGCCCAGCCAUGCAACAUCCACAAAGAGGAUCUCCAGGAUGGACUGCGUGUGCUUAUCCCCAAGGAGGACAGCUUGCUCUAUGCUGGUAGUGUGAAGAGUCUGCAGCCACCAGACAUCUACAGCAUCGUCAUUGAGGGAGAGCGAGGGAACCGGCAGAGGAUCUACUCCCAGGAGCAGCUGCUACAAGAGGCGGUUCUGGAUGUGCGGCCCCAGUCAAGUCACAGCCUCCCUGCUGGCACUCGGGUCUGUGCUUACUGGAGCCAGAAGUCCCGUUGCCUCUACCCUGGGAAUGUCAUUCGAGGUUCCUCGAGCGAUGAGGAGGACAAUGCAGACUCGGUGCUGGUUGAGUUUGAUGAUGGGGACACAGGCCACAUUGCUGUGUCCAACAUCCGGCUGUUGCCAUCGGACUUUAAAAUCCAGUGCACAGAGCCCUCACCUGCACUACUGGUCUCCACCUCCUGCCGUCGUAACAAGAGAUCUUCCAGUGACAUUCCCCAUUCCAGUGAACCAGCACCAAGUCUGUGCACUGAGGGACGUGAGGGCUCUGAGCCAAUCAAAAGCACUGGCAAGAAGGCUACCAACAAAGAAAAAGCUGGUAAAUCUGACUUGUUGCACUCAAGUUCAAAAGCCCUGCCUGGAGAUAACUUCCUGGGCCGUCGUGCCAGCCCUUUGUUGAGCUGGUCAGCUGUGGCCCAGAACAAGCGAAAGGCAUCCAGCAAGAGCACAGCAAUGCGACAGAACCUCUUCCAACUCAAUGGCAGCAGCAAGAAGCUGCGGGCCAAAGAGGCACUCUUCCCCAUGCACAGCAUGGCAGCCCCUGUUUUUGGCAAUGGCUUUGGCUCAGACUCAUUCAGCCGCAUUGCCAACUCCUACUCAGCUUUUGGAAGUGCUGGUCUUGUUCUGCCUAGUGCCCAGAAGCUCCUGCGUGCCAAGAAGGCUGAACGGUUGGAUGCUGAACUGGGCAAGGGAGGACGUCGGAAAGUAGGCGGCGAGUAUCUGAUCAAGCUGGACCACGAAGGUGUGACGUCACCCAAGAACAAAAACUGCAAGGCCUUGCUGAUGAGUGACAAGGACUUUGGGUCACUUUCAGGCCAUGGCUACGCCCACCCUGCCUUGGAGAUCAAGGAGAAAAAGAGUGCUUUGCCCAUGGGGCUGGCAUUACGCAAGUACACGGGUCAAACAGAGUAUGGGCUGCACUGUGACAGUGACUGUCAGAGCUCCUACUCAGACAUGGAUGAAGACGAAGAGGUGGAUGACCUAAGAGGCAGUGUCCCCUCCCGCUUCCUGACACGUCUUUCUGUCUCAUCCUCUUCCUCUGGAUCAUCCACCUCCUCCAGCUCUGGCUCUGGCUCCACUUCUAGUCUCUGCUCAUCUGAUAAUGAGGACUCGUCUUAUAGCUCUGACGAUGAGGACUCCACAUUGCUUCUACAGACCUGUCUCACGCAUCCUGUUCCAGCCCUGCUGGCUCAGUCCGAAGCCCUGCGUUCCAAGGGUGGCACUCUUCAGAGGUGCUUUGGUGCUGGUGCCAAGGGCAAGCUUAGGCGCAAGGAGGCCCUGAGCUUCUCUAAAGCCAAAGAGUUCUCCCGCCGGCAGCGGCUACCCUCGGUGGAAAACCGGCCAAAGAUCUCUGCUUUCCUACCAGCACGCCAGCUCUGGAAGUGGUCUGGGAAUCCCACUCAGCGCCGUGGCAUGAAGGGGAAAGCACGGAAAUUGUUCUACAAGGCGAUUGUACGGGGCAAGGAGACGCUGCGCAUCGGCGACUGCGCUGUCUUCCUGUCUGCUGGACGACCUCACUUGCCAUACAUUGGCCGCAUUGAAAGCAUGUGGGAAUCCUGGGGCAGCAACAUGGUUGUCAAGGUCAAAUGGUUCUACCAUCCAGAGGAGACCAAGCUGGGCAAGCGACACAGCGAUGGCAAGAAUGCCCUGUACCAGUCGUGCCAUGAAGAUGAGAAUGAUGUCCAGACCAUAUCACACAAAUGCCAGGUGGUUGAACGUGAACACUAUGAGCAGCUCACCCGCAGCAAGAAAUACCAGGACCGGCAAGACCUCUACUACCUGGCAGGGAGUUAUGACCCGACUACAGGCCGGCUUGUGACUGCAGAUGGUGUGCCCAUCCUGUGCUGAAACUGCGGGACGCAACCACUGCUCCAGGGCCGGGAGAUGGCCGGGGGAGGCAGAAGGGCCAAGGGGACAGUAGAAGGGUCCAGUCGCCUCACACUCCUUCCUGGCAGUCAGAUGCAAGGCCCUGAAAUAUGCAAGGUGCCCGGCUUUGCCAUGCCCGGGGUUGCAGGCUGAUCCCGGUUUCCAACACAGCUCUGUACAGAUUUGAAUCCAAGCCAUACUUUCCCUAGUACCUCUGACUGUUUGCCACAGGCCAAACACAAAUCAGGUUACCGCUCUAUUUAUUUUGUGUGUAAAUAAUGUAUUUCUGAUGGGAAGUUUUAUGGAAAUGAAACAAACAAGACAGAAAAGGCAGGUUUUAGGGGGCGGGAAGGGAGGGCUAUUUGAUGGGUUUUAUUUUGUGUUCAAUGCACUGUUUUCCUCCCAGCUUAGCUGGGGGUGUGGACGCCAGGCAAGCGUGUAAAUACAGAAGGGGGCACUUGAAUGAUAUGGCAGUGCAGCCUCCAAAAGGCUAUGCUGACCUCCUCACAGGACUGUGUACUAUAGACUCUCCUCACCCCUCCCCUC